GAGACCGGAGUCCGACAGGGACCCCGCCCUUUUGACCUUUUUCCAACCCUUCGCGGGUCGCUUAAAAUGCCUUGCUUUGCUUGACCAAAUACUGAUACCAUGACGCUCAAAGCCGUUAUUUCACACAGACCGGCCAAUACGCCGGAACAUCCGGAGACAAUUGAAAAUUUGGAGCACGUCACGGAGCCCAUACCGGAGCACAAUGAACAUGUGGAUAAGGAAGAAAUACCGCCCGUGUCCUUCCGGCGCCUUUUCAGCACUGCAGACCGCUGGGAUGCACUGAUGAUCGUCAUCGGGACUAUCGCCGCCCUAGGAAACGGGGCGCUGCUGCCACUCGUGGCUAUAUUCUUUGGCAACUUCACCGACACUUUCGGUUCCCCCGGCUCCGGGAACUUCAUGUCCUCAGUCACCGACGUCACCCUCAAAUUCCUCUACCUCGCCGCCGGCGCAGCCGUCGGCAGCUACCUCGAAUGCUGCCUGUGGAUGUACACUGGCAACCGGCAGGCGAACCGGCUGCGCACCCGCUUCCUGCGCGCGGUGCUGCACCAGGACGUGGCGUUCUUCGACGUGCACUCCACCACCGGCGGCCUGGUGCAGGGCCUGAACGAGGACAGCAUCGACGUGCAGAACGCCAUCAGCGAGAAGCUGGGCGCGUUCCUGCACCACAGUGCCACGUUUGUGGUGGGCCUGGUCAUUGGCUUCACCAAGGGCUGGGAGAUGGCCCUGGUGAUGGUGGGCUGCAUGCCGUUCACGGCGGCCAUUGGCGGCGUGCUGGCGAAAGGCACGGAGAAAGCCACAGCGGCGUCCUCCAAGGCGUAUGCCGAGGCCAGCGCCAUUGCGCAGCAGAACAUCUCCCAGAUCCGCACUGUGGCGGCCUACAACCGGGAGCAGGCGGCCAUGCAGCAGUACGGCAAGGCGCUGGAGCUGCCGCGCAAAAUGGGCCUGCGGCAGUCGUGGGUCUCGGGCUUGAGCUUCGGCGGCAUCAACAUGGUCGUGUACGGCACCUACGCCGUGGGCCUCAUAUUCGGAGCAUAUCGCAUCGCCGCGGGUGCCUACACCGGUGGCCAGGUCCUCAUGGUGAUGGUGUCCACGCUGAUGGGCGGUUUCGCACUGGGCCAGGCGGCUCCGAAUUUAGAAUACUUCGCCAAGGGCCGCUCGGCCGGCGGCCGCAUGUUCCGUGUGAUUGACCGCCAGCCCACCAUCGGCGCCGAGCUGCUGGAGGAGGAGCAGGUGGCGGCCGGCGGCAAGCCCACCCAGCCCAAGCAGCCGCAGCAGCUGCAGCUGACGAACGCCAAGGCGGCCGGCGGCGACGUGGAGGGCGGGAAGGCGGCCAUCGGCGGGCACCGCGUGGCGCCGGCGGAGCACGUGGCGCUGAUUGAGCCGCCUGCCAGUGUGCGUGGCGAGGUACAGCUGAUCGACGUGGACUUCGCGUACCCGUCGCGCCCUGACGUGCUGCUCUUUGACCGGUUCAACCUGCACGUGCCCGCCGGCAAGACAGUGGCGCUUGUGGGCAGCAGCGGCAGCGGCAAGUCCACUGUGGUGCAGCUUAUUGAGCGCUUCUAUGACCCGCUGGCUGGCACGGUGACGCUGGACGGCAUGGACCUGCGCUCGCUGCCGCUGCGCUGGCUGCGCAACCAGGUGGGGCUGGUGUCGCAGGAGCCCACGCUGUUCGCGACCACCAUCUAUGAGAACAUCGCCAUCGGCACAAAGAACGCGUCGGCGGAGGAGGUGGAGGCGGCGGCGCGCGCCGCCAACGCGCACACCUUCAUCAGCAACCUGCCCCAGGGCUACGAGACGCAGGUCGGCGAACGCGGUGUGCAGCUGAGUGGCGGCCAGAAGCAGCGCAUUGCCAUUGCGCGCGCCAUCCUCAAGAGCCCGAAGGUUAUGUUGCUGGACGAGGCGACGUCUGCGCUGGACACUCGCAGCGAGGCGCUGGUGCAGGCGGCGCUGGACCGGCUGGUGGUGGGGCGGACCACGGUGGUGGUGGCGCACCGGCUGUCCACCAUCAAGAACGCCGACUCCAUCGCGGUGGUGCAGGGCGGCCGCAUCGUGGAGCAGGGCACGCACGAGGAGCUGCUGCGGGACCCCGACGGCGCCUACAGCGUGCUGGUCAAGCUGCAGAUGGAGGCCAAGCAGCUGCAGCAGGCGGCGGAGGAGGCGGGCGAGGUGGGAGCGGCCCAUGCGGUAGAGGAGGGUGCGGAGGAGGAGAGCUCGGAUGCGCCGGAGCGGCUAGGGGCCGUUGCAGCGGGUGCAGCGCCGCCGCCGGCAGCGGCGGGCAGGGCUGCUGCCCUGGUGGACACGCUGGCGGAUGGCGGUGGUGGUGCGGGUGUGCAGGAGCAGGACCUGGGCAAGGCGAUGCACACGGCGCCGAACACGGGAGGAGCCGCCGUUGCAGGAGCCUCGCGGCAGGGCUCCGCGCCGCCAGGAUCUCUUGCGAUCGCGAUCCCUGGCACAGGAGGGCCACCGGGGCCAGACUCCAAACUCGGGGCAGCGGGGGGCGUGACCAAGGCGGCUGCAGCGGGCAGCGCGGCGGCGGCUGCAGCCGCCGCUGCGACAAAGGUAGUUGGCGUGGAGGCUGACGACCGCAAGGAGGAGUCCGAGACGCCAUACGAGGUGCCGUUCAAACGUUUGCUGAAGUACGCGGAGGGAGAGUACCUCGUGAUUGCGAUUGGUUGCAUCGCGUCAGCAGUCAGCGGCGCGCAGCACCCGGCCUUCGGCUUCACGUUUGCAUCCAUGAUCGCCAUUUUCUACAUAAGUGACAUGGACGAGCUCAUCUCCAGGGCUUCGUUCUACUGCUGGAUGUUCCUCGUCAUCGCGGUGGCCGCCUUCCUGUCGGCCGUGGUGCAGCAGGUGGCGUUCGGCCGCGUGGCGCAGGCGGUGUCCGGCCGCGUGCGCGUGCAGCUCUUUGGCUCAAUCCUGCGGCAGGAGGUGGCCUGGUUCGAUGAAGUCAAGCACAGCAGCGGCAAGCUGACUGCCAAUCUGGCCACGGAUGCCGCUCACGUGCGCGGAGCCGUGGGCGACGUGGCCGGGGUGGCGUUUCAGAACAUAUCCACGCUGGUGCUCGGGUACCUUAUUGCCUUUGCCUACGACUGGCGAAUGGCCCUGCUCAUCACGGGUGUCUUCCCACUGAUCAUCGUCUCAAUGGUGAUCCACCUCAAGUUCCACACCGGCUUCACCAGCGACGCCGACAAGCUGUACGCCGGCGCCAACCAGAUGGUGACGGAGGCCUUCUCCUCCAUCCGCGUCAUCCACGCCUACAACCUGCAGGGCUUCAUCGCCGGCUCCUAUGAGAAGAUGAUCUCACACGCCAACGGCCUGCUGGUGCGCCAGAGCAACGUGUCUGGCCUGUCCUUCGCCUACUCCAACUUCGUCAUGUUUGGCAUGUACUGCCUGAUCAUCUACUUCAUGGGCCAGGAGAUUAACCACGGUUGGACCGAUUUUGAGGGCAGUCUUAAGGCCUACUUGGUGAUCAUGCUAGCGGCCAUGGGUAUGGCGCAGGCCACACGCACCUUCCCCGACCUAGGCAACGCCAAGGCGGCCGUGCAGCGCAUCUUCCCCAUCAUGGAUCGCAAGCCCGUGAUUGACAGCUCCGCAGAGGGCGGCAAGGAGCCGGACGCAUCGAGCAUCUCCGGCGAGAUUGAGUUCCGCGACGUCCGCUUUGCCUACCCGAGCCGCCCCAGCGUGAUCAUCUUCAACAACUUCAACCUGACCAUGACCGCCGGCUGUGUGACAGCGCUGGUGGGCGAGAGCGGCAGCGGCAAGUCAACGGUUGUGGGCUUGAUUGAGCGCUUCUACGACCCGCUGGCCGGCAGUGUGCUGCUCGACGGCAUGGACGUGCGUGACUACAAUCUCAGAUACCUGCGCGCACAGAUUGGGCUGGUGAGCCAGGAGCCGCUGCUGUUCAACGGCACCGUCGCGGACAACAUCCGCAUCGGCAAGCCGGAUGCCACGCAGGCGGAACUCCAGGCGGCGGCAGAGGCCGCAAAUGCCCUCGCAUUCAUUGAGGCUCUUCCGGAGAAGUACAACACAAAUGUGGGCGAGGGCGGCAUUCAGCUGAGUGGCGGCCAAAAGCAGCGCGUGGCCAUUGCGCGCGCCGUCGUGAAGAACCCCAAGCUCUUGCUCCUGGACGAGGCAACGUCGGCGCUAGACGCCCGCAGCGAGGCGGUGGUGCAGGCGGCGCUGGACCGGAUUAUGCUGGGGCGCACCUCCAUCGUCAUUGCGCACCGCCUGUCCACCAUCCGACACGCCAACACCAUUGCUGUGGUGUACCGCGGCCAGGUGCUUGAGAAGGGCACGCACGAUGAGCUGAUGGCGCUGGACGGCUCGUAUGCGCGCCUGGUGGCGGCGCAGAGCCGCGAGCCGGCCAAUGGGGCGGGCGCUAAGAAGCAUAAAAAGUGAUGGUCCCUCUUGACCUGGGUGCUGGGCACCCUUGCUUGCUUGUCGGACUGUCCCUUCUUGUAAUGUCGCAUUCAUAAGAAGUGAAGCGGUGUGUAUGGUGUUGCUUUCUUGUGCUGCGAGGCAAGAGCCUAGCGUAAGUGGGGAGUGUCGCCUUUGACUAUGACACGGGUUGUCAAGGUGUUGCCACGCGUACUUCCAUUGUUUGGUUGCUGGUGGGUGCUCUGCGCGGGCAUCAAUGUUGUUGCCACGUGGGUUUGCUUCAUUGGACACUGCCGUACUUACUCAGAAGCCAAAUGGUGGGGAAGUGCGGGACGUAUCUCUGUUUAGGUUGACCAGGAGUUUGUUUCCCCUCCAGGUGGGCCUACGCUGCCUCACACCGUUGAGGCAGAUGGUGGUUUGAUGGCCUUGCUGUUUUUUGUCCUUCGUUGCAUUGCACAUAGUGCUUAGUGCUUACUGCGCAGAUGCCCAGCCGUAGAUUUCCAAGCAGCAGUUGAUUCCGAUUCCGAUAAAGAGGCGGCAGGUCCAGAUCAGCCGAAUCGAGAAGCGAGUGGAGUGAGUGGACAGUUGACUGGCGCGAAGAAAGCUCAGGCAGUUCCGCAAACCUUCGGCUGCAGGGGUUACGCCUGUUAUGCCGUAGUAAGCACAAACAAAGCGUGGGAGAGGCGGAGAGCUAAUUCGACGCAUGCGCUUUGAGAUGGCGGGACCCUCGCGCGCUGAUGCGCAUUUAUCAUGCAACAUGUGUGGUGUUGAUGCACGCUGUCCAUGAAACACAUAACGGGUGUGGAACGGGGCCCUUGGGGCUGAGUCCAGGGGUGGGCAGGUUGAGGGACCUUGCGCGGAUUGAUUCCCGCGUGUGCCGAGAGCGCAGUCCGGAUGGCACAGCGCGAUAGAGCCCCUCACUCAGGCUCUCUAGGGCUAUUCGUGGAGCUACCGGUGCGGGGGAGCCUUGCCUGGAUUGGGUGUGAUGCAAAUUGGGCGGGCGGGCGUAACAAUGUAGGGAACAAUGGGUGGAAUCCCGCGCACGUGAAUUUGUGGAGGGGUAUGCAAGGGGGUAUGAACCUCCAUGUGAAGCGGGUUUGUGCAGUCAGUGUCAGUCGGUCGGUCCCGAUUUCGGAUGGGGUUCGGCACUUUCUUCCCCCCCCCCCACCCACCCCGUGAGAAGAACCCGGAACGGAUUGGGGGAGGUGGCCUCCGGGCGGGGCCGCCCCAUCUUUGUCACGUCGCAUCCAUGUGCUUGGCAUACCAUCGUUGUGCCGC